AUGCCCCGCCACCACGCGGGAGGAGAGGAGGGCGGCGCCGCCGGGCUCUGGGUGAAGAGCGGCGCGGCGGCGGCGGGCGGGGGGCGCCUGGGCAGCGGCAUGAAGGAUGUGGAGUCGGGCCGGGGCAGGGUGCUGCUGAACUCAGCCGCCGCCAGGGGCGACGGCCUGCUGCUGCUGGGCACCCGCGCGGCCGCGCUCGGCGGCGGCGGCGGCAGCGGCGGCGGCCUGAGGGAGAGCCGCCGGGGCAAGCAGGGGGCCCGGAUGAGCCUACUGGGGAAGCCGCUCUCGUACACCAGUAGCCAGAGCUGCCGGCGCAACGUCAAGUACCGGCGGGUGCAGAACUAUCUGUACAACGUGCUGGAGAGACCCCGCGGCUGGGCGUUCAUCUACCACGCGUUCGUUUUUCUCCUUGUCUUUGGUUGCUUGAUUUUGUCAGUGUUUUCCACCAUCCCUGAGCACACAAAAUUGGCCUCAAGUUGCCUCUUGAUUCUGGAGUUCGUGAUGAUUGUCGUCUUUGGUUUGGAGUUCAUCAUUCGAAUCUGGUCUGCAGGUUGCUGUUGUCGGUAUAGAGGAUGGCAAGGAAGACUGAGAUUUGCGCGAAAGCCCUUCUGUGUUAUAGAUACCAUUGUUCUUAUCGCUUCAAUAGCAGUUGUUUCUGCAAAAACUCAGGGUAAUAUUUUUGCCACGUCUGCACUCAGAAGUCUCCGUUUCCUACAGAUCCUCCGCAUGGUGCGCAUGGACCGAAGGGGAGGCACUUGGAAAUUACUAGGUUCAGUGGUUUAUGCUCACAGCAAGGAAUUAAUCACAGCUUGGUACAUAGGAUUUUUGGUUCUUAUUUUUUCAUCUUUCCUUGUCUAUCUUGUGGAAAAAGAUGCCAAUAAAGAGUUUUCUACAUAUGCAGAUGCUCUCUGGUGGGGCACAAUUACAUUGACAACGAUUGGCUAUGGAGACAAAACCCCCCUAACUUGGCUGGGAAGAUUGCUUUCUGCAGGCUUUGCGCUUCUUGGCAUUUCUUUCUUUGCACUUCCUGCCGGCAUUCUUGGCUCAGGUUUUGCAUUAAAAGUACAAGAACAGCACCGCCAGAAACACUUCGAGAAAAGAAGGAACCCAGCUGCCAACCUCAUUCAGUGCGUUUGGCGUAGUUACGCAGCUGAUGAGAAAUCCGUUUCCAUUGCAACCUGGAAGCCACACUUGAAGGCCUUGCACACCUGCAGCCCUACCAAGAAAGAACAAGGGGAAACAUCCAGCAGUAAGUUCUGUAGUAAUAAGCAGAAGCUCUUCAGAACGUACACCUCACGGAAGCAGAGUCAGAAGCUAAGUUUUAAGGAACGAGUACGCAUGGCUAGCCCCAGGGGCCAGAGUAUUAAGAGCAGACAAGCCUCAGUAGGUGACAGGAGGUCCCCGAGCACCGACAUCACCGCCGAGGGCAGCCCCACCAAAGUACAGAAGAGCUGGAGCUUCAACGACCGAACCCGCUUCCGGCCCUCGCUGCGCCUCAAAAGUUCUCAGCCAAAACCAGUGAUAGACGCUGACACAGCGCUUGGCACUGAUGAUGUAUAUGAUGAGAAGGGUUGCCAGUGUGAUGUAUCAGUCGAAGACCUCACCCCACCGCUUAAAACUGUCAUUCGAGCUAUCAGGAUUAUGAAAUUUCAUGUUGCAAAACGGAAGUUUAAGGAAACAUUACGCCCAUAUGAUGUAAAAGAUGUCAUUGAACAAUAUUCUGCUGGUCAUCUAGACAUGUUGUGUAGAAUUAAAAGUCUCCAAACACGUGUUGACCAAAUUCUUGGAAAAGGGCAAAUCACAUCGGAUAAGAAGAGCCGAGAGAAAAUCACAGCAGAACACGAGAGCCCCGAUGACCUCAGCAUGCUCGGCCGGGUGGUCAAGGUGGAGAAGCAGGUACAGUCCAUCGAGUCCAAGCUGGACUGCCUACUCGAUAUAUAUCAACAGGUCCUCCGGAAAGGCUCUGCCUCCGCCCUCACUUUGGCCUCAUUCCAGAUCCCACCUUUUGAAUGUGAACAGACCUCUGACUAUCAAAGCCCCGUGGAUAGCAAAGACCUGUCCAGUUCCGCACAGAACAGUGGCUGCUUAUCCAGAUCAGCGAGCGCCAACAUCUCUCGAGGCCUGCAGUUCAUUCUGACGCCAAAUGAGUUCAGCGCGCAGACUUUCUACGCGCUUAGCCCUACUAUGCACAGUCAAGCAACACAGGUGCCAAUGGGUCAAAGUGAUGGCUCCGCAGCGGCGGCCGCCAGCAACAUUGCAAACCAAAUAAGUGUGGCACCUAAGCCAGCAGCCCCAACAACUUUACAGAUCCCGCCUCCUCUCCCAGCCAUCAAGCAUCUGCCCAGGCCGGAGACCCUGCACCCGAGCCCCGCAGGCUUACAGGAAAGCAUUUCUGAUGUCACCACCUGCCUUGUUGCCUCCAAGGAAAAUGUUCAGGUUGCACAGUCAAAUCUGACCAAGGACCGCGCUCUAAGGAAAAGCUUUGACAUGGGGGGAGAGACUCUCUUAUCUGUCCACCCCGUGGUGCCCAAGGACUUGGGCAAAUCUCUGUCGGUACAAAACCUGAUCAGGUCGACAGAGGAACUGAAUCUACAGCUUUCUGGGAGUGAGUCAGGUGGCUCCAGAGGCAGCCAAGAUUUUUACCCCAAAUGGAGGGAAUCCAAAUUGUUUAUAACUGAUGAAGAGGUGGGUCCCGAAGAGACUGAGACAGACACGUUUGAUGCCAUGCCGCAGCUUGCCGGGGAAACUGCUUUUGCGUCAGACUCUCUAAGGACUGAAAGAUCUCGAUCAUCUCGGAGCAUUUGUAAGGCAGGAGAAAGUACAGAAGCCCUCAGCUUGCCUCAUGUCAAACUGAAAUAA